AGUGCAGAACAUUCUCGAAUAUACACGACCAACUUUUGUGCUGUCUGAAUAAGAAAGAGAGAGCGAGCGAUAGAAUAGAACAACGAGCACCGGCGAGCGAACUUCGUCUCCUCUCUUGUGGGAUUCAGUGAUAAUGGGGAGGAGCUAUAGUUACAGACCAUCACCACCAAGGAGAAGGUACAGAAGCCCAAGUCCCGUGGGAUACUACAAAGGGCGGAGUAGAGAUGCCCCAACCAGUCUACUUGUUCGCAAUCUCCGGCUCGACUGUCGGCCAGAUGAUCUUCGUAGACCAUUUGGGCGGUUUGGUCGUCUCAAGGAUAUCUACAUACCUCGUAACUAUUACACUGGGGAGCCUCGUGGGUUUGGCUUUGUGCAGUACUAUGAUCCUGAUGAUGCUGCAGAUGCAAAGUAUCAUUUAGAUGGCUACGUUCUUCUAGGCCGCGAAAUCACUGUGGUGUUUGCAGAGGAGAACAGAAAGAAGCCUUCCGAAAUGAGAGAACGAUCAAGGGGAAGGACAUCUACAAGGUCUCCAUAUGGUUACUCUCGGUCUCCUGGCUACUCGCGUUCGCCAAACUACAGAAGAAGCUACUCACGUUCGCCAAACUACAGAAGAAGCUACUCACGUUCGCCAGUCUACAGGAGAACCUAUUCGCGUUCGCCGUAUGACGAAAGGCGCCGUUCAAGGUCUGUUUCACCGGGAGACAGGAGGCGAUCGUACUCAAGGUCAAGCUCAAGAUCUCGCUAUGAGUCGAGAAGCAGGAGCCAGAGUCCUACAUACUCACGCUGAUUUGCUAUAUGACCCCAAGAAUGUGAAGAUGGGGUGUGGUCUCACGCUCUGCUUGUUAGUUAUGUAUGAAAAAUAAUAAAUCAUAGUUUGGAGUUAAGAGUACAAAGGUAACCUAUGGUUUGGUUUCUUUUCCUUAAUUAGUACUUAAUGGUAGUCUUUUGUAUGCUCAAGCGUGACAUCUAUGCCUACUUAUUGUGUACCACGAGAGAGUUUCGAUUCUCACAACCUUAUGUGGAACGUAGUUUAUAAUCAAUAAAAGCUCUUUUACUACUA